AUGAAGCCAUUUUCAAUAUUUGUGUGUCUUGUGGCUUUUAUUGUAAGCUCCAACGCAACAGAUUACUGUUCCAAAUCCAUAUGUAACUAUGUUAAAGGAGUAACCCAUAUAGCCUGUGGUAAUAAUGGAAAAUUUUCUCAAAACUGUGAGCCAGAUGCUGCCAUGGUUACCGUAACCGAGUCCAUGAAACAGCUUUUGAUUGAGGGCCAUAAUGAGAAGCGUAAUAUUGUAGCCGGAGGUGGAGUAUCGCAUUUAAAACCAGCUUGUCGCAUGGCCACCAUGCAAUGGGAUGAUGAAUUGGCUUCCGUAGCUGCCUACAAUGUUAAACAAUGUAAAAUGCAACAUGACAAAUGUCGCAACACUGACAAAUUCCAAUACUCGGGACAAAAUCUGGCUGUAAUGGGUUUUUAUGGUGAAGUUAAUAAUACAGCUAGAAUAACACAAUCUAUUGGGUUAUGGUUUGAGGAAGAAAAGUAUACUAAACAAGCGUUUAUUGAUAAAUAUCCCAAAAACUAUUCAGGACCGCAAAUUGGUCAUUUCACUGUGAUGAUGGCUGAUCGUAAUAUUCGUUUGGGUUGUGCUAUUUCUACAUACUCUGUUGCCGAUAAGCCUUAUACCUCAUAUCUGUUGGCUUGUAAUUAUGCCACCACCAACAUGAUAAAUUUCCCUAUUUAUGCCACCUGUGAUAAGCCUGCUACUUUCUGCAAAACGGGCACCAAUCCUAAAUAUCCCAACUUGUGUUCCAAUGCUGAAUCGUAUAACGUCAACAAGUGGUUCUAAGUUAAAUAACAUACGCUUCCUGUUUUAUUUACGUAUUUUCUUGCAAUACGAGUGUUCUGUAAGAAUUUUGUAUCAUAGAGAAAUACACAUAGAGCGGAAAUUAGAAAAAAAAAACUCAAACA